UUUCAUUGUGUUGCCCCUUCCCAUUUGUGGGAGAAGAGCCAUGAAGAACCGUUCUUCAUCUCCCCCCUUGCACGUCCAUGUGGAUGAGAACACCCCUGUCCAUGUCCAUAUUAAAAAGGGUCAGAAAACCACACCUGCAAAAUGCCAGCAAAAGCACAAACAGAAGGUGAAAGGGGAUACCACGACUGUGGGCCGAGCUGUCCAGGUGAAAGCUAAGGCUCCCUGGAUGCCCCCAGGCAAAGCCUGUAUUCGGAGAUCCACCAGCAAAUGGGAGGGACCAAAUUCCCAUUUAGAAAUGACACCUCCAGAUACAGAGAAAAUGUUGUCAGUGCUGCGCCUGAGCGACCUCUCUACUGAUGAGGAGGAUGCUGUCUGCUGCAAGAUGAAUGAGUAUGAAAAGAAGAUAGAUAGCCUGAUGAGUACAGUGGGAACACUGAAGAAUGAGGCCAAGCUGCAGAAAAAGGAGGAACAGCAGCAAAUGAGAAAGCGUCUGCUGGAGGAGCAGAAGGAGGAACUGAAUGAGGUCACACAGGAGCUGGUAGAAACAGAACAUGAGAACACCCUGCUCAGGCGCAACAUUGAGCGCAUAAAGGAGGAGAAAGAUCUGACUGUGCUACAGAAAAAGUACUUGCAGCGUGAGAAAGAGUUUUUGAUGGCCAAGCUGAGUGAGGCAGAAAGGGAUGGAGCAGCAGCAGCCAGGCAGAUUCAUGCCCUGAAAAACACAAUUGGGAGACUCAACAUUGAAAAAAACAUGAGCAGCUCAGAUAUUAACAUGCUGACAAGACAAAAAGAGCUUCUGCUCCAGAAGUUGAGCACCUUUGAAGAAUCCAACAGGACACUGCGAGGGCUUCUCAGAGAGCACCACAGCCGGGAGAAGGAUGCUCAGAAGAUACUGGAGCAGCAAGGGGCACUGCUGAAAAGGCUGGCUGACUCAGAUGCAGAGAAAGUGCAACUUCAAGUGAUGCUUCAGGAGAAAGAAAAAGAAGUGGACAAUCUUACCAUUCAGAUACAGGCAGAAAAGGACCAGGCAAGGACAGCCUGUGAACUCUCAAAAUCCAUGGAGGCCGUGAGAGGCCGCUUGCAGGCGCAGCUGCGGAACAAGGAAGCCGAGAACAACCGUCUGACUAUCCGGCUGAGGAAUCUGGAGCGCAGUGAGGCUCAGCAUAAGGCAGAGGUGGAGCACGUGCUGGAGCAGCUGCAGGAGCUGCGGCGGAAGGCAGAGCACGACAAGGAGGCCCUGAGGAAAGCCGUCCGUGCGCAGAAAGAGCGGGCGGAGCGGAGCGAGGAGUGCGCCCAGCAGCUCUCUGGCCAGCUGGCAGAAAAGGACAGUUAUGUUGCUGAGGCUCUGUCUACCCUGGAGUCCUGGAGGAGUCGCUACAACAAAGUAGUAAAGGAAAAGAGUGACCUUGAACUGGAAAUUGUUACACUGAACAGACGUGUUGCAGACUUGCUGGAGCAGCAGGCAACCCUGGAGGACAAGGUGCGGGAGGACAGAGAAUCUUUGGUGGAUAAACUGCAUCAACAGACCACAGAGACCACAUCUUACAAACUGGAGAACGAGAAGCUGAAGGCCAGUGUGGUCCCAAUGGAGGAAAAGCUGAACCAAGCACAGCUGGAAGUGCAGGAGCUCAAAAGCUCUGUCAGGAACUACGAAGUGUUGAUUGAAGGCUACAAGUCACAGGUAUUGAAGAGCCAAAUGGAAGCAGAUGAUAUGGCAGCAAAGCUGGAAGAGUGUGAUAAAGAGAAAAGGACACUAAAGGAUGAAAAGACCGAGGAGAUAGAAUUGGCACGUAAGCAGUUCCAGAGCCAGCUUGCUGAACUGGAAAAGCUGCCUGAAAUCCUAAAGAUGAGAGAGACACAACUAGCAGAAUGUCAGGACCAGCUUCAGGAUUAUGAGAAGAAGGUCGUGGAGCAUUCUGUCAUGAUUGCAGAUCUUCGUCAGCGGAUUGAGCUCCAGGGGAACAAAAUGGAGAUCACAAGAGAGAGGUAUCAGUCUGCCCAGGAGGAGAAAAAGCAGCUCACCUUCAAGGUGGAGGAGCUAGAAAGAAAACUAGAGACAACGAGUGCCCAGAACAUAGAAUUCCUUCAGGUCAUAGCAAAACGCGAGGAGUCGAUCCACCAGUGCCAGCUGCGGCUGGAGGAGAAGACCCGUGAGUGUAGCUCCUUGGCACGUCAGCUGGAGAUGGCCAUUGAAGAUGCCAAAAGACAAGUGGAACAAACCCGAGAACGAGCAGCAUCUAGAGAGAGGGCAGCCCAGUCAAAGCUGCUGGAUUUGGAGACUCAGCUGAGUAGGAAUAAAACAGAGCUGAACAAAUUGCGCCGGAGCAAAGACGAUGUGGAGCGCCGGUACGAGAGCCGCCUGCAGGACCUGAAGGACCGGCUGGAGCAGUCGGAGAGCACCAACCGCAGCAUGCAGAACUACGUCCAGUUCCUCAAGUCCUCCUACGACAGCGUCUUUGGAGAGAGCACCUUGCUGGGCUCUCCCCUCCGCUCUCGCUCCUCUCCCUGAGCUCAGCGGUCUCCUCACCUCUCUGCCACGAAGCACAAAAGCAGCUGCAUCUCGAAGCCAUAUGUUGUUUAGAAAAU